AUUGGCGCGAAUAUUUAAGCAGCCUCAGUGCAGUGGGUGGAAAACGGCAGUGCGAAAGAUUGCCUGCGUCUAACUUAACAGGCAGCGGCAGUACAGUACCCAAUCUCUCUCUCUCUCUCUCUCUCUCUUUGCGCCUCUCAAGUGUUCUCGAUGGCGGAGAAGGCCGACGGAGCCAGAACAUACCGUCUGGUGGAGCUCCUCUCCUCUGCUGAGAGGGACUACCUUGUCAGGCGAAACGGCGAUCAGGUAAAAGUCAAUGAUCUCGAAGGGAAGACUGUUGGCCUCUAUUUCUCCGCAUCUUGGUGUGGCCCAUGCCGACGAUUCACUCCGGAGCUCAUCAGCGCAUAUGAAGGGCUUGUUCCAAAAGGCGAUUUUGAGGUUGUAUUUAUAUCGGCUGAUGAAGACCAGGAGCAAUUCGACAAGUACUUUUCAAAAAUGCCUUGGUUGGCCAUUCCAUUCUCUGAUUCAGACACCAGAUCAUCUCUCGAUGAGAUAUUUGAGGUCUCAGGGAUCCCAAAUUUGGUCAUUCUUGAUGGUAAUGGUAACCUGUUGACAGAUGAUGGCACCAUGAUGAUUAGAGAGUAUGGUGUUGAGAGCUAUCCAUUUUCUACGGAAAGGAUACAAGAGUUGAAGGCAGAGGAAGAAAAUGCUCGAAAUAAUCAGAGUCUGAAGUCAAUUUUGGUACAUUCGGCAAGAGAUUUUCUUAUAUACAAUGAUGGCAGGAAGGUCCCUGUGACAGAGCUUGAAGGAAAGACCGUCGGUUUGCUAUUUUCGGCAUAUUCUUUCGAACCAUGCAAGGAAUUCAUCCCACAACUAGUGGAAGUCUACAACAAGUUGAAGGAAAAAUACUUUGAGAUUGUCAUGAUCUCACUGGAUUUCAACACCGAGAGCUUUGAUGAGGGAUUUCAAGCAGUGCCAUGGCUUGCUCUGCCUUUUAAUGACUUGACAUGCACGAAGUUACCUCGCUACUUUGAGAUUGAGGGGAUUCCUACACUAGUUAUAAUUGGACCCGACGGGAAGACGCUGCAGUCAGAUGUCGUCGAAGCCAUUGAAAAUCAUGGUGCUGAGGCUUAUCCGUUCACUUCAGAAAGGAUGGCAGCACUUAUGGAAAUAGAGAAAGCUAAACUUGCAUCACAGACAAUAGAAUCGCUGCUAGUCUCAGAUGAAAGGGACUUUGUCAUUGGAAAGGGUGAGCUCAAGGUGCCAGUCUCUGAUCUAGUUGGUAAGACUGUCCUCCUCUACUUCUCAGCACACUGGUGUCCUCCAUGUCGUGGAUUCACCCCCAAGCUUAUUGAAACAUACCACGAGAUCAAAGCUAAGGAUUCAGCUUUUGAAAUAAUCUUCGUCUCAAGUGAUCACGACCAAGCAGCAUUUGAAGAGUACUUUGCCACAAUGCCAUUUUUAGCUCUCCCUUACGGCGACAUGAGAAAGAAGUCUUUAUCAAAAACCUUCAAAGUCACCGGCAUCCCGACUCUUGUUGCCAUCGGCCCGAAUGGCAGGACACUAACGAAAGAUGCUAGGAAUCUAGUGGCCAAUUAUGGCGCUGCAGCAUAUCCUUUCACAGAGGAGCGGCUGAAGGAGCUGGAACAGGAGACGGAAGAAACAGAAACAGCAGAAAGUGAUGCUGAAGAUGAUCAGAAUGGAGUCGGCCAAGAAAUACAAGGUGAACCAUGCAAUGAAGGCUUGGUUUGUGAUGGUGAAGUUUGCCGUAGAGCCUGAACUCUGAAGGAAAGCCUCCCUCUUGUUGUUGAACCAAAUAAAACCCCUAUCAUAUGCUCGUAGGACAUAUCGUUUUGUGAUGCUUUUUACGGUUACUGUAUCUGUUUGUUGUUUAAUAAACUCUGCUUAUGUAUGCUUUCCCUCCCUCUCGAUCGUGGAAUGAAUGUGGAUAGGGUUGCCUAUGUUUAAAAAGAUCUUAACUACUAUAGUUUUGAUACACUUAUCGAGCACUCAAUGUAGAACUAGAUGGAAGAAGAAAUUAGUA